CUCCUCAUGAGCCUCCUGAUGACCCCUGGUCACCUGAUUGACCCCAGGACGACGCUGAGUUGCCACGUGCGCAGCUUUCAGUUCCGGGUCACCAAACCUCCGAUCACCUUUCCCGAUGGCACCACCGUCUUUUGCACUGGGUCGGUCACAGUCAACUCUUGCUGGGGACGAUGUGACUCAAGUGAAGUAAGUCAGAAUUCAUUUUACAUAUCUUUACCAUUGUUUUAGACAAGAGCACUUUGGCUCUGUUGGUCACUUUCCUUUUUGUGUGUACCAGUCAUAUAGCAAAAUGACUAGAGUUUCCGUUCAACCUCUUUGUAUGCAACUGAAAAAAUGUUUUUAACUCUUUUUUCAGUGUUAUCUCUUCUUACUAAUUUGACCACUAUUUGACAUUUGUUUGACAUCUAUUUGACCUCUGUUUGACCUCUGUUUGACCUCUGUCUGACCUCUGUUUGAACUCUGUUUGACCUCUAUUUGACCUCUGUUUGACAUCUAUUUGAAUCUGUUUUUCAGUUUGGAUUUUUCGCAAUAACUUUUUCUCACUUUGAUGUCUUGAAUUAUAAGAAAAAUGUCUUCUCUCUGGCUAAAAAGACAUGUUAUUAUAAUAAUCUUGACCGAUGGAAAGAAGUCGUCUUGUAACUGUAGUUUAAUUGUCUUGAAUAUCCUCAACCAACGUGUUCCUCUUUUUUUUUUAUACAAAAGUUUAAUAAAAUAGUAAAAGGAGCGCAGUUCCUCUGCUUUCUGUGACAAAUAAGCACGGAAUUUAUAUAUAUACAUAUAUAUACAUAUAUAUACAUAUAUAUAUAUUAUCUCGGACAUGGCUGCAGAAAAUACGUUCGCCCGUUACCCUUCUAGCAUAAAAUAUAAUAACGGCGUCCCCGCCUUCCCCCUCUAAGCGCCCCCCCCCCCCUUCCCUUUCCCCUUUGAAUAUUCCACCGGCGUCCAUGUAACAUUUGACUCCAGUACGAACCACGUUCAAGAACCCGAGUCAAGCCCCUAAUGUUGUCCUAAGGCGCUGUUCACAGCUCUAGACGACAUUGAAGAACGGACGUCACAACUGUCGUCAUCGCGGGUCCUAAGAUUUUCUUACAGACGGUAAACAUUAUUUCAGAAUGGGGAAAAAGCAGAAGACCCGACACAAAUUAAGCUCGGAACUGCGCGUUAAUGGCGCGCAAACCAAAUGUCGCAUUUAUAAAUUGCAUUGAUCGGUCUCAAGUAGCGGACGACAAAUUAACGUUGUCUGACAGCCAUGGUCUCGAGUCAAUUGUUUUUUGUGUCGCGUGUUUUUUCCUCGCCCGUGAACUUUGGUCAAUGCAAACAAAAUGAGAACGAGGCUUCAGUAAAUUGAGCACAUUUUUAUUCAUCGAUUAUCAUAACUUUUAAGCAUUCAACUUGACCGCACCAUUCGAAAGUUCCAAAUAGACUCAAUUUAUUCAUACGAUUCCAUUCAACCACACGAUUCUUAAUUUAACUGAAAUAUUACAUUCACUUUUUGGGACCGUGCUAUCGCUCUUUCAUGGCCGCCGGCAAAUUCGUCAUUUAAUUAGAUGCUUCAGUUUAACGGACAAUAUUUUUAAAAAAAAUAAUACUAUUUUAACUAUUAUUGCAUGUUAUUACAUGUUAAAAAUGUUCAUCGCAUUUCUUUUUUUUAACGCCCUAUGUUCUAACCCCAAAAAAGUAAGUUUCAAAAAGAAAUAUGACGAAAAUUUGAAGGCAAUUUAACGAAAAUAUGAUCGUGUGAACUGAGCAUUAGAAUUGUAAGUCAUCAGUGAGCGAUGUGUAACGAAUGGGUUCUUUUGUGCGCAUCUGGUGCGUACAUGAUCAAGCGCACGACCGGGGGGGGGGGGGCAGAAAAUGAGACCCCAGUGUGGCGGACAUGAUCCACUAGGCAGUUAUCAUUAUAGAUAAUAAAAGUGCAGACCAUUCCUUUUGUCCAGAAAGCUCAGCUGGAAAGCCCCACUUAUCCUUUUUUGCGUCACAUGAACAAGUGCGAGCGUAAGGUGACGAAAGAUGUCAUAUUUUGAUUACAAUUGAUAAGUGUUAAUACAACAAGUGUUGAGGCGGAUGAGAUCAACAGCGUUUUUGCUGGAGUUUCAAGUGUAAAUAGAAAUUAUGUGUUACGCACUGGCUUCUAAUUGGAGAAAUUAAUCUCCUAUUUUAAUUUUAUUGGCUCGUUGUAAGCAGUGGCUAACAAAGGACGAUUCCAUAAGAGUAAAAAAUAUCACAGAUACGACACCCAAAACAGUUGCCAGUUACAAUUAAUUAAGAUUUAUUAAGUAUUAGUACAAUAACAAAAGAAAAGAAAUAUAAUUAUAAAUCAUCAACUUACAGUAUGGUAGAUCUUGUACCGGUACACAGUUAAUACAAUGUGCCAAUUAAUAAUGAUGAAUGCUACAUAACAUAUGCUUUACAGAACGUUGCCAAAGACGCUUUAAGGAAAUAACAAAAUUAUAAUAAUUUCGUGUGUUUGUAAAGAUUUGUUGAACUAUCGCAUGUCAACAAACUUUGAUUGUUUGAUUUACACAGCGUUGUAUUUGCAAACAUUCAAAAGUUCAUUCGGAUAAAAACAACAACUAGAUUUGGGAUGUGGGGGAUGGCGUGUAGGAGAGCAGAAAUCGAGGACGCUGUAGGCUCCCGAGCGAAAGGUGGAAAAUGGUCUGGGCCCUAUGUAGUUCUGUGCCUUCUUGGUUUUCCCACCUCUUAUUUCUAGAUCUAGCAUUAAGAAAGGCCCCAACUAAAUAUAUUAAACACAAUUCCGUGAAAUGUAUAAUUAUUUCACAGGCAUAAAUUUGUUAAUCAUAUCAGUCUACUGAGUUAUCUAAUUUCUAUAAAUACAUACACUCAAAGCUCUGUGUUAUGGCCGUACAUAAUUUAAAUGGCGUAUAACCCACGUGAUAUACCACCGGAUACUGCCACAACAAUAUAAAUGAAAUAAUUAAAGGACUACAUUCACAACAAUAUAAACCAAUCAUUUUGAUCCAAGGUACAGACACGCGAGUUAUCUCAGCUGAACUUUCAAUCAAUCAUAGUAUUUGCUGAUAGAUCUAGGUCCAUCCAUCCAUCCAUCCAUCCAUCCAUCCAUCCAUCCAUCCAUCCAUCCAUCCAUCCAUCCAUCCAUCCAUCCAUCCAUCCAUCCAUCCAUCCAUCCCUCCUUCCAUCCCUCCCUCCCUCCAUCCCUCCCUCCCUCCCUCCCUCCAUCCAUACAUACAUACAUGUAAUAAUAAUUAUAAUAAUAAAGUUUAUUUGAAAAACACGUUUCAUCCUCAAAAGCUCGAAGCGCGGUACAAAGUCUGCCAUAUUAAAAAGAGAAAUAAAAACAAUCUAAAAUUUACCACAUCUAAAAAACAGACGCAACAAUAUAAAACUACAUACGAGCACAUACCAAGUCAAAGUCUUUCAUCCCGUUUCAACCCUAAGCAACACAAGCCAACAUACAUUAACUGAAAAAGAUGGCAGAUAGCAUCACCCCAGAAGGUGUUUGCGAAAUAGAUGUGUUUUUAAAUAGGUUUUAAAGGACUCCAGUGUCUGGCUGUUUUUGAGAGCGACUGGUAGUGCGUUCCCAAAUUGUUGGGCCGGCAAAUGCAAAUAUGCGCUUUCCGUAAGUCUCAAGGCGAACAUGCGGAAUCGAUAUUUUGCCACUAUUGGAUGAGCGGAGCUGUCUAGUGGGUACAUAAGGUGCCAUGAGUGCUUUGAGAUAAGAUGGCGACAGGUCAUGUAAGCAGCGGUAGCAAAAAGUUGCAAUUUUGUACUCUAUGCGAGUAGAUUGAAACGAAAUUAGGCAUGGUUCUGGCAAAGUUUGCCCAAAAUCCUUUCACCCAAAGGAUGUAAUUUUAAAAUUUGCUCAACGCUGUGGACAAAUCCCUUUUAUGCAGAUAUUCAAUAGACGACAUUUUGGUGCACACGUCGCCAGUAAAGCUGUAAAUUAUUUUCGCAGAAUGGUGCACUUUUAAAGUUGUUCUAAAAGAACAUUUUCUUUAAAAAACAACAACAAGGAAUUACAUUUCUUUUCAGUUUUCCCGAUAAUUGAAUUCUGGGACGUGGCAAAAAUGUAGUUACAUUGUAUGAGAAAAGCAAUAAAAACUCAAAGACGUUACAGACGCGCGUAUUGGUCUAAAGAUAAUUUUGAAAAAUAAAUAAUGUACUACAGAAUCAUUAAGUAUGCAUUCAAAGAAUGUUUUCGGUGCGCAUUUAUAAAAUGUAUUUAAAGAAGCUUUUCAAACCAUAGACAGGAGAUAUGUCAAACAAGGUUGGUAAAAAAGGGACGCAACAAAUAAAAGAUCAUAUUGGUAAGAAGCCUUCUUCAGCGAACAGUGCAUAUGGUAGGAAAUGUAACAAACGUUUUUAUUUCUGCAUACAUAAUUCAAUAUAUAUAUAUAUACUGUAUAUUUAUAUAAAUAAAUAAAUAAAUAUAUAUAUGGCAUCCUUCCGUUUUCGCGAGACGAUGGUGCAUUUGAUAACUCUUUGAAAUAAGGAAAGAUUGAAAUCUAUAAUUCUCAAUGUAACAAUGCCACUAACGCUACCAGACGGCGUUGAGCUCACUAAGUAAAAUCCCCCCCUCCCCUUAGUGCUCUAAAUGAGACUCUUAAAAAAAUACAACCAUCGUGUUAUUUGCGUAAUUUAUUUUCUUUUGUUUGUCGGAAAUAGCUGGUGCAAAUACAUUUGCUGUGUACAAGUGGUUGGGACAUGACAAUAUUGAUACAGUUCAGGGGCCGUAACGUGCCUCGUGGGGUGGGGGGGGGGUGGGUUGGGGAUGGGCACUCAUUUUGAGUCUUAUAAAGUCCUUUACAUGAAUGCAUGUUCUGUCAAGUAGUUCAGGUCGAUGGAAGCCAUUGUUUGGUAGAAAUAGCUGGUGCAAAUACAUUUGCUGUGUACAAGUGGUUGGGACAUGACAAUAUUGAUACAGUUCAGGGGCCGUAACGUGCCUCGUGGGGUGGGGGGGGGUGGGUUGGGGAUGGGCACUCAUUUUGAGUCUUAUAAAGUCCUUUACAUGAAUGCAUGUUCUGUCAAGUAGUUCAGGUCGAUGGAAGCCAUUGUUUGGUUGGCUGUAGCUGUUCUUUUAGAAUUUCUGGAUGUACAAGUGAUGGGUGUGGACUUGGACACGUUGCGGGCUCACUUAUAUUUCAUAUUCAUAUCUCAAUAAAGAUUUCUUUGUUUGUUGUUGCUGGUUUGAUUAAACAAAACAAAACAUCUAGAGCCAUGUCCUGCAAAAAAAAAAAAACAACAACUCCACCCCCUCCCCCCAAAGUUAGAUUUGGGAUUCUAGAUAUUAGAGUAUUUCAUUUUAUAGCCAAUAUCUCAAAAUCCUAUUAAGUUACAGUCACGAAAGUUACCACUUGUCGUGUUAUGGGGUUGUGGGGGGGGGGGGGGGGGGGGGGGGGGGAAUGAGGGAAAAAAAAAAAACAUAAAAAAAAAAAAAAAAAAUUUAAAAAACGACAUUCCUGCCAUAAGAACAAGGAAACAAUGGGUCAUAUCUAAGUAUCUCUCAAAGUGAUAGUCUGAUGCCAUAUGAGACGUUCACACUUACAAUUUCUCGCAGUAAAAAACUGAAAACCCUAAAAGAGAUCUCGUCUAAAUUAACACCGUGACUCUAUAUCAAGUGACACACACACACAUCAAAAAGAUAUAUCUCUUGCAAGAAGUUCGGCUGAAACUAAUGCCAUGUAGCUAUUACACCGAAUGAGAAGUCAUUCGACAGACUGUUACCGAAACAGGAAACUCUUGUAAACGUGAUCUUAUUGCGCUCGUUCGAGUUCAUCAAGUUUAUAGGGCUAAAAUACCACCAAGUUUACCGGGCUGAAAUACCACCAAGUUUAUAGGGCUGAAAUACCACCUAGUUUACCGGGCUGAAACACCACUAAGUUUACCUGGCUGAAAUACCACCUAGUUUACUGGGGUGAAAUACCACCAAGUUUACCAGGCUGAAAUGCCACAAAGUUAACCAGGCUGAAAUACCACCUAGUUUACUGGGGUGAAAUACCAUGAAGUUCACCUGGCUGAAAUACCACAAAAUUUACCUGGCUGAGAUACCACCAAAUUUACUGGCUGAAAUACCAACAAGUUUACCUGGCUGAAAUACCACAAAGUUUACCUGGCUGAGGUAGCUCAAUGUUUACCGGGCUGAAAUGAAAGCCCCCCCCCCCACACACACACACUUCCAGGACAUUCCCCAUGCAAAGCUACCGCAAAGCUAACCAUCGAUGGCUGGAACGAGUAGAUCUAGUAUAUCUGUGCAGUGUUAACACGGGAGGUCAAGGGUUAAUGACUACCUAGGGGCUAUUUAAAGGAGGUCCCAGGUUAAUGAAUCCCAAAGUGCCAUUUGAAGGAGGUCAAAGGUUAAUGAAUGUCUAGGUGUCAUUUGAAGGAGGUCAAAGGUUAAUGAAUGUCUAAGUGCCAUUUGAAGGAGGUCAAAGGCUAAUGAAUGCCUAGGUAUCAUUUGAAGGAGGUCAAAGGUUAAUGAAUGUCUAAGUGCCUUUUGAAGGAGGUCAAAGGUUAAUGAAUGUCUAAGUGCCAUUUUAAGGAGGUCAAAGGUUAAUGAAUGCCUAGUUGCCAUUUGAAGGAGGUCCCAUGUUAUUGAAUGCCUGGGCGCCAUUUGAAGGAGGUCAAAGAUUAAUGAAUGUCUAGGUGCCAUUUGAAGGAGGCCAAAGGUUAAUGAAUGCCUGGGCGCCAUUUGAAGGAGGUUAAAGAUUAACGAAUGCCUAGGUGCCAUUUGAAGGAGGUCAACACGAAGAUCGAUGUCGAUUAGAUACAGAAAAAACGUUUUUUUAAAAUAUUUUUUUACUAAUUUGGUUGGACGCCAAACCGUGAACGCUGUAACGGAAAUGAUCCGUCCACGAGUUACAUUUCCGGUCACACACAUACUCCCCGCGUGCACGUCACGCGUGUUUUUUUUUUUAAAGUUAAUGCACAACGCCCUCUGGUGGAGAAACACGGCAAUACGAGAAUAAGUUGCCGGCAAUCUACACGUUUUCCGCCGAUUUCAAGAAUGUGGAGUGUUGCUGAACUACCGUUAACGUUCGCCACAAGAAAAUACGUUUGUUUCGCUGUCUGUUUGUCUUUGCUUAGUCUUAUUCAAAUGAUAAUGUUUCCAAAAUUUGAAUAUUGGUAGUGUUCCACGGCGAUCAUAUGUAUUCUCUUCUCCUGGUUAGUUAAACUGCGGUGAUUGUAAUGUGUACGGGGGGGGGGCGGGAUGAUAAAAUAUAACACAAGUAAUUUAUUGAUUGAUGUAAUUUGUCUCAGAGGAAAGUAUGGGGGCUUGCAGUUACGGGCCAUUUAAUGUUUAAUAAACAAGUGUAGAGUGGAGAGUGUAGAAUGUCGAGGGUAGAAUGUCGCGUGUAGAAUGUCCAGUGUAAAUAUGUAGAGUGUAGAAUGUCGAGUGUUGAAUGCAGAGUGGAGAAUGUAGAGUGUAAAAUUUAGAAUGUAGACUGUCAAGUGUACAAUGUAGGGUGUAGAUUGUAGAUUGUAGAAUGUAGAGUGUAUAAUGUAGAGUGCAGAGUGUAGAAUGAAUGGUUAAGAAUGUAGAAUUUAGAGGGAAGAUUGUAGAGUUUAGAAUGUAGAAUGUAGAGUGUAGAAAGUAGAAUGUAGAAUGCUGAGUGAAGAGUGUAGACUGCAGGUUGCAUUCAAGCCAUGUAAAGGGACUAUUAGUCAUAAUAGUUUUGGAUUCUUGAAAUAUACAACGAAACACUAGCAAGUAAAUUCGGGCUUAGAGGCUUCUUCCGUGAAGAAAGCAAGACAACAAGAACGAAUUUUAAAAAAAACAACUAAAAUGUAUUUGCUUUGAAGAGCUACUUGAAUGGAAAAAAUCACCAAAAUAGAACCUCAUUACGAAGUACACAAGCUCUAAGAAUUAGGACGAUGAGGUUAAAAGGAACGCCAACAUAUAAUAUAUGUUCCUAUUAUUACCAAGCUUUAGAGCAAUUUAAGACGACAGUUAUGCUAAAUAACCCCUUUAAAUUCUAUUUGAUCUGCCACUGUUCGCUAUUGUGUGAGUUAGGCGCAAUUCCAAUCCACCAGAUGACACAAAUCCCUUCAACUCUGUGAGUUAGGCCCAAUUCCAAUUCACCAGAUGGCACAAAUCCCUUCAACUCUGUGAGUUAGGCGCAAGGCCAAUCCGUCAGCAGAUAUAUUAUAUGAAGCUCGUCAACUCUCUUCAGUCCCCCAUGACCAAGAGCUUUGGUAUAACACAAGAUUCCGAAGAAAUGACGAUGCACAGACUAAAGAGCCGUGUUUAUCAAAUUACCAAACUUUUCAUCAUUUUCUUUUUUUACAUUGAGCCGAUUACUUCCGUGUUACUGACGUCAUUGGUAAGGGCUUAGAGCAGUGGUUCUCAACCUUCCUAGUGCCGCAACCCUUUAAUACAGUUUCUCGUGUCGUGGUGACCCCCAGCCACACAAUUAUUUUCGUUGCCACUUCAUAGCUGUAAGGAUAUGUGUUUUAAGAUGGUCUUAGGCGACCCCUGGGAAAGGGUAGGGCGACCCCCUAAGGGGUCGCUACCCACAGGUUGAGAACCGCUGGCUAAUAGUUUAUUCUUCUUUCCAUCCGUUAACAUCAUCAUUUGCAUCACAUAAAAGGCUGCAAGGCUUUAACGCUCUCCCGAUGGCUCUCAAUACUUUCAGUUAUGCUAAGCUUAGGUUGUUUUUUUUCUUUUGGUAUACAUACUUAACUAUCUGACGUCAUCAGCGGCCUCACUAGGAGGGAAGGUGUGGGAGCCACUCCAGGCGACACCCCCAUAGGGGGGCUGCAACGAAAUGAAAAAAAAAAAAUUACGGAGCUCGAUCGAGUUGGUUUCACACCACAUCCAAGCCACGAAGAGCAGGGGUUCCACAAGACUGUCAGUAUCAGUAGCUGAUCUUUCACCAAAAACUCAGAUUGAGUUAUACAUGCUCUGGCAAGUCACUUGAAGGAGAUACUUUUCAUGGAUACAGUACUCUAAUGAACUCUUUUCAAAUGCACCUGACGAUCUGUGAGACUAUUGUGAGAGGAUCUUUUUACAACUGAAACUCAUUAAGAACUGUCUACGGUCUAAUUUUGGAACAGUCCAGGCUUUCAGGUCUUGCAAUUUUUUCCGUUAAAAGUCAUAACAUCAGAUAACGUUAAUUGUGAUGAAAUAAUUGUCACGUUUUGUCAAGAAGAGGAAUGUUUUAACUGUAAAGUUUCAUAUUUGAAAAAAAAAAAAAUUUUUUGCUGCGUCUUUUUAAAUGCUGUCCGCUCAAAUGGAAAGUCUACUCGUUCUAUCUCUAUUCGUAAAAUAGCCCCAGGAAUUAUCUAUAAAAAAUAUUUAGAAAAAUAAACCUAAAAACAGAGUAGUACGAUCUUUAAGAAGGACUCGGGGGGGGGGGUCGGGAAAGGGAGUGGGUGGGUUCUGAGGAUGGUGACAUAAUGAGUUUACCGCACCGGGUAACACUAAACCUAGUGACGCCCCUGGAAGUCAUUGUUAUUCCAUCCCGAUCAUUUGGUCUCACUAAACGUUAAAGGAACUCGAAUGUGUUGAAUGAUAACGUUGUAUGCGAUGUCAGAAAACUUGAAAAUCAUUCUGUGAUUGCGUGCUGCGUCGGGAAUGGGAGUUCACUAAUAAAUGUUGCGCACUGCAUGUUAUGUUUGAUAAUGAGUAGUGUGUGUUUGAGACAGUAGUUAGUGAACGCUUUUCCUACGUUUUACCUAGUGACAUAUUUUUAUAGUUUUUUUAUGACGUCUGGUCUAGUCUGUUUUGUGGCGUACAAUCUUAUUAGUAAGCAGCCGGGGAAAGAACUCUGUAGGAGAUAAUUAUGAAUUAUUCUCUGUGAUAACGAGCCGCGCUAUACGCGUGUUGAUGAACAUGUACACAGUGUGUUGGAUAUAUUUACAGAUCAAAGUUGCAUUUAUUAUGGAAAACGACUUGUGCUGAUUCAGUUCUUGUACGACUAACGAACAACGUCUCAAAGAGCCGGCUGGAGUUAAACCAAUCAAGUAGACACUGAUUUGGACAUGCUGGCCUUUCUCAUGUCGCACCAACUUUCCAGGAGGAGGCGGAAGCUGAAAUCUUCUUUCACUGAUUAAUUCACCAGCCCUACGCGGUACGACCGCUUAGUACACAUGUGUCAAACUCAAGGCCCGCGGGCCACGUCCGGCCCGCCGUACAAUUACCGUAACUAUUGGCGUAUAAUACGCCCCCGCGUACAACGCGCACCUCAAUUUAAGAAGGACAUUUCAGGAAAAAAACUAAACAUUAUAUCGCGUAUAACAGUGCGUAUUAUACGCCAAUAAAUACGGUAUAUCCGUACCCGUGAAUUCUUGACCGGGUACAAUUAUGUUCAAGUCAACGCUAUGGUGUUGCCCAAUUGCACACUUUGCUGAAAACCGUAGCUUACUUCGAACCGAGAUCGCACGGCGCUUUAGUGAUGUUAAAACACAGAAAUGUAAUUUGGAGCUGUUUCGUAACCCAUUUGUCAUAGACGUGGAAACUGCACCUGCAAAUUUGCAGAUGGAGCUAAUAAAGCUGCAGUGUAACGGAACACUAAAGGCAAAGUACGACACAGUUGGGCCUGCACAGUUCCCUCAUUUCAUUCCCGAAGAGAUGCCCCAGAUUCGUCUACAUGCUGCUUGAACCUUGAGCAUGUUGCUUAGCAUAUAUAUUUGUGAGCAGCUGUUUUCUGUGAUGAAGGUUAACACACAAACAAAAAAAUCAUGCAGGAGUCGUCUCACUGAGGAACACUUGCAGUCCAUCAUGAGAAUCUCAAUGACACAGAACGUUACUUGUUUUUGUAGCCAAGAAAAUGUGCCGAAAAUACAGCUCUGACAAAUUGCCAUAAGAACGAAAAUGGAUGCCAAUGGUUUUUAAUUAUUAAAAUUUUUUUUCUCAUUUAUAUAAAUGUUUUUUUUUCAAAUAUUAAUUUACCACUUAUUGAAUUUUUAUCUUGUUCGGCCUGCAACCUUACGUGUGUUUUGAGUUUUGGCCCACCGAGCGAAUGAGUUUGACACCCCUGGCUUAAAAGAUAACUUUUUUUAUUUUCGUGAAGAAAAGAGGAAAUGAUGUCGUUCCACUUUCAUUUCAUUAGUCACUGUCACGGUUUGUCUCAGCAAACGUCGAUCGGAUGACGAAGAUAUAUCAUGAACUUAAGAGAAUAAUCGGUUCAGAUUGAAAGUAUGCUGCACCUUAAAGCAUUAGAUGUAUUUAAGUCUUUUUUUUUUAAAAUGUACUUUAUUCAACGUACUUGAAUUAAGUUUAGAAAAAAAUCAAGCAGGAAUUAGGAACCCUCUAGAAGUGGGGAAAUGUUUCAAGCUAAUCUGUUUACCAAGCCUUUGGUCGAAACGCAAACAAGGGGUUCCCAAUAAAUUUAACCGAUCAAAUAUCAGGCCUUAUCUAAAACUCAAAAAAAAAAUAAAUGAAAAUCUUAAACCAUAAGGGCCCUAUCUACGAGGACCCUAGUAACAAAAAUGUGUUGUUGACUUCUGGCAGACGCCAUUAAAGAAAAUUCACGAGACAGCCUUGCCAUGCAGGACCCGCUAAUUCAUUUUCUUGCUGGUCUCGAUGGUUGUUUAGCUUAACUGUUGCUGGCAAACUUGCAACAGAAAUAGCUCCUUGGUGACCCCAGAUGGUCAAAAAGACUGACGUCAUGGGAAUAUGGGCUUUGGGGCUGUGAGGGCUGUGAUGGUGGCAUAAAUAGCCCAGACGUAUGUUAGCGGACAGAAGAGAAGAUAAUAUUGGCUAACAUCAUUACCGUAAGUAUAGGACACUUGUUCCACAUGGACUGCACAAAGAGAAUACACUAACAGAAAUAAACACGAAAAUAAACUAUAAAUCUAUCAGAAUUUACCCCUACGGUUGCUUGUUUGUUAUAAAAUCGAAUAAGUAUUUUCAAAUCAAUUUGGGCAUUAACUAGACAGGAGCGUGACGAAACGGGGAUUGGGGGGGGGCGGGUUAGGGGGGGCCGCUGGUUUGUCUGUCAGAGCAAACCAAAUUACGUUGACAUUGUCCUGAUUUAUAAAUGUUUUCUUUAAUAAGAAUUUUGAGGCAAAAAAUGUCUAUGGUUUUGUUAAUAUGCCGACAGUGAAUUUGAAAUAUCAUGUAUAAAAAUAAUAAUUCAUUUGUCUGGAUAUGGGCGAGAGCCACGAGACGUAUCUUAACUGGGAUGCAUUGUGUUGAAUAAAAUCUAUAUGAUUUUUUUUAAACUUCACAUAAGUCAAAGCCCAAUACAGAUACAAGCGCAUUAACCGAGUUUGUUGAAACGAACCACGCGAUCAUCUGUUCUAUUACAAUAUAAUUUUUUUUUUAAAGUUUGUUUGGCUUACGGACAUUUUUAAUGCUUUGAUUUUAAAAAAAAAAACAAAAACAAACUUGCAGCCCAAAUAUUAGCUCCUUUGAGAAAUGUUACAAUGGCAGCCAUUCACUGUUACAAUGCAUAUAGAUUCCUGAUAUGGCAUGGUGACAUCAUGCAGGAAAGUCGACCGUCGUAACGCUUUUUCAUCCAUCUUCUUGCCAUGCAACAGCAUCGCCUUCAGCUACAAACACAAUUUGCUUUGAUGAUUGAUUGCCCCACGGGUGUUUAAACGCCUUAAAUGGCCAGGGUGUUCUCAAAAUGCGUGGCCCAUUAUUUAAUCAACAGCAGACGCUAACUUGCCACAAGCGGAAUUGUAUACGCAGCAAGGGCCAAAUCACUCAGGGGUAUGAACCCGAGCCCCGCAGUUGACUGUAAUGUGCACAGAUGCUUUUAUCAACAGGUUAAAAACGAUGCACCAACAAUGCCAAAGAGUGCAUCAUCUUUUUCAAUUCACAUAAAUGUAUAUUCAUCAGCACCACCAAAGUAAAUGACUUGACAAACGACUUGCGCUAAUUGGGACGUGUUCACCAUUUAUCACAAGUCAGUUCAGGGACGUGACCAGGCGGACAUCAUAGUGACGUCACUUUCUGGCGCCAAUGGGCUUAGCAUGAGAUAAGAGCCUUUUCUUUCUUUUUUAAACACAAACUUUCUUUGAAAGACGAGCUAUUGCGCUCCAAAAGAAGAAAAUAAUCUUAUAUUUCUUAAAAUGCCUCACUUGAGGAGACACUGUAGAGAAGUGUAGAUGAGCGCUCUAUGAACCCAAAAGAAUUCGAACUGAAUGUAGACGAAACUUAAAUUUGUUUUAUUUUGAUUAAUUUUUCUAAAUAUUUUUCUAUUUUUUAGUAUUAAAAUUAUUAUAAUUUUUAAAUUAUAGACAAAAAUAGAAUUAAUUACAUUUAAAAAAAAAAUACGUAUAAAAUCCAGGUUAAAGUGACCUAACUCUUUACCUAGGCAUUAAACACAAGAUUUAGCUCUGAGUUCAUCCACCCACCCACCCGUUCACUCACUAAAGCAGGAGCGGUCAGCCACGAUAAUUUGAGCGACAGUGUCAACCCGCCUCUAUCGACCCAGGAAUCUUUUCCAGCCGUUCACCAGGUGAACACUGCACGAGAAAUUUUAGAUUUUCACAUGUGUAAAUAAGAAAUAAAAAAAAAAACUCAACAACAACAAAACAUUUAGCGUUUUUUUACAAUCACGUGACAUAAUUUGAGCGACAGGUUCAACCCGCCUCUAUCGACCCAGGAAUCUUUUCCAGCCGUUCACCAGGUGAACACUGCAAGAGAAAUUUUAGAUUUUCACAUGUGUAAAUAAGAAAUAAAAAAAAAAAAACUCAACAACAACAAAACAUUUAGCGUUUUUUUACAAUCACGUGACUAAAAAAGGCGUGGGGGGGGGGUCCUUGUAAUACAAUGAUGUCAUAUGCUAUUUUUCUAAGGUUGCUCUGUCACUUUGUGUUGGCUUGUGAUCAAUCUUGCAUCUCAAAUUUGACCCAGUUCCUGAGCUUCAAUUGAGCCGAAACAAAGAGCAUCGAGUUCAUGGGCUGCCCAAGCUGUUCAAGUUCUAUGACUGUGCCAUGUCUGACGUUUUGGGGGUCAUUCCUUCAUACCUUUUCAGUACAUUUUUUUUUUUGGAAGAGCGUGUCUUUAAAACAAAUAUUGUUUAUACUAUUUAAAAUUUUAUUUUGUGUACUAGUCAUCUUCAUUUUGGAGAUGGACAAUUUAAGUGAACAGAGGAUCGCAUUUUUUUUUUCUUUUAAAUAAAUGAAUUAUUAAAACAAGAUAUCGUCUUUCCAUCCGCCAUUAGCCGUCACUGACUCUGAUGCACUAGAAUCUAAUAAUUGACAGUCUGAUCUCCUCCUCCAGUAUGGGAAGCUCAUCAUAUUAAUAGACAGACAUUUCGUCAGACGAACCGUAUAACAUAGUUAAAGCGAGUUUCGCAAUUUUUCAGGGUCCAGUAUAAAAAAAAAAAUAUUUCUUUCCAAAGUAGGUAGAUGUAUUCACAUCAACCCAUCCGGUGCGUUGUGUUGAGCCGGCUCUGAAAGAAAUUAACUAUUAUAUGCCUGGACAUCGUUGACCGAUGGUAUCGGUCAAAUGGGCUUUUUGGAUACACUAAAACUAGUUGCACAAAAAUCCCCGAGAAGAGACAGAACAAAAUAAGGGCUUGAUCUCUUUAUUCUUUGCAUAAUUCUUUUUUCCCGAACAUGAUCGUUCAUAUAAAAAUGUGUCAAAAUUAAGACAUGUGCGUUUAGUAGCUUAAAAUCUUUAUUUUACAAAAGGAUAUUAAAAAAAUAAAAUAAAACAUAGGUUUUAAGCAAAUAAUUAUAGAAUACAUUGUAUUGGGUGUGAGAUGACAUGUUAGCACCAAGCCCUCGUCGAGAUUUCAUUGUGUGUUUGAUGAAUAGUUAGCACCAAGCCCUCGUCAAGAUUUCAUUGUGUGUUUGAUGAAUAGUUAGCACCAAGCCCUCGUCAAGAUUUCAUUGUGUGUUUGAUGAAUAGUUGGCACCAUGCCAACGUCCAGAUUCCAUUGUGUGUUUGAUGAAUAGUUGGCACCAAGCCAUCGUCCAGAUUUCAUUGUGUGUUUGAUGAAUAGUUAGCACCAUGCCAACGUCCAGAUUCCAUUGUGUGUUUGAUGAAUAGUUAGCACCAAGCCAUCGUCCAGAUUUCAUUGUGUGUUUGAUGAAUAGUUAACACCAAGCCAUCGUCCAGAUUUCAUUGUGUAUUUGAUGAUUAGUUAGCACCAAGCCAUCGUCCAGAUUUCAUUGUGUGUUUGAUGAUUAGUUAGCACCAAGCCAUCGUCCAGAUUUCAUAUUUUUGUAUCCAAGCUUCCCACUGAAAUCACUAGUUGAUUGGACAAGUAAUGGACAUUGACUAUGUUAUCACCGCCUUAUUCAAUUUAUUCCAUCUAUGUGUCUCACUGUGAACGAUUGCAUAGUGCCCAAUCAACGUGUCUCACUAUGAACGAUUGCGUAGUGGUCAAUCAACGUAUCUCACUUUGAAUGAUUACAUAGUCCGCAUUACCUUAAAUUUGACGGAUUAUAGUUGCUCGUAUCAACUAUUUACGUUAAAAAGUAAGUUUUCACUCGUUGAGCUAGUAUCACAAUAUCAAUAAGCAUAUGGAUUUUCAUUAUUCUCUUUCAUAUCCUGACUUAAUAUAAAAAAGUAUAUUUAUUGGGUUUUUUUUACAAAUGAGAGGGACAGUUCAGAGAUGCCAUGGAAAAAGAAAGUAAAAUAAAAUAAAAAGCAUAGAUACCAAGAUCAAUGAAGAAUGUAAGAGGAAACAAAAAACACUGUGAUCUUUACCGAAAAUAGGAUCCAGCAGAAUAUUGCAUAUCGUUUUCUAAAUACCUACCAAGUGCUAUAACAACCCUCACGUCGCGUAGAAGUUCGAAAUUUAUGCUCAGGUAAAACGAUUAAAUUUUGGACAAUUUAAAAAAAAAAAUCAACGCAUUAUUUGGUGUUAUAACAUAUGGCAUUCACAAAAAAAAUAAGGUCACUCAAAUUUGAUCGUGUGAACUGAGUAUUACGCACGAUUACUUGCAAUGUACUGCCAUGGUGACAGGGCAAACAGCAACUCCUCUAACUUACAAGAGUGAAUACAAGCUAACGUUUGACAACUUGGCUGCCGCAUAUAUAUAGAACACAAAUAAUUAAUAUAGACAGAAGAUCGGCAGUAUCAAAAAAAGACAUUAUCCUAAUUUUGACCUCGACUUCCUGAAACAAACUAGCGCAAGCUCACCAUAGGAUUAGAAAUAUAUAUAUAUAUAUAUAUAUAUAUAUUUAAUAUCAUUUAAAAGUCUUUUUUUUUUGUUCUCUAACAUUUGAUUCCUACCGGUCUCACAAACCAAUUAGAUCCCUGGCAGCUGUGGAAAGAGAAUUUAAAUUAUACUUCAAGGAACAACGUCCUUUAUACCGUGAUUAAAAAUUCUCUAUCGUCUUCUGCUCUUUAAACAAAGAAGUUCCUUUGUAAGACCUGACAGCCGUCUUAGACCACGAACCGACGUGCUCUUGACAAUGACUACGAGAGGAGCGUCUCACUGUCCCGACUCCAUGUCCAACACGAGUGUUUAGGGAAAAUUAAUCAGUUAUCGAUAUAAAUGCGUUUGAUGAGAUCACGUGACUGACCAUUUUUUGGGUUCUCUGCUUUUACUGGAACAAACAUUUGGUCCUCCUAGGUUCAUGGACCAGCUAUGGGCAUCAGUUCGUGUUGGUUUGUUUGAAGCAUUACAUCAUCUCAGGGAUUCUAACGAGAACACUCAAACCUUUGUCCACAUCAAAGACUGAAAGGCCAAACUAAACAAAUAUUUUUUUUUUAUUCCUGUGUCCACAGAUUGGUGACUACGUCAUGCCGUACAAAAUUUCCCACCACCCCGUCUGUAGCUACACAGGGCGCAUCCGAAGGAGGGCCACGCUGACGGAAUGUGAAGGGUACCCCGACCCCACAGUGGACGUCUUCGACGCCGCUGGAUGCGAAUGUAAGCUCUGCGACUCGGACUACACCAGCUGCGAGAACAUCAACGGCUGA